AUUCAUUCACGCACCUCGUUCAUCUCCGUAUGGAGCGCAUCUCUCUCUUUUUUUUUUGCCACGACAUCCUCGGCGCGGGACUUCGUUAAGUCACGCGCUUGACUGAAUGGUGAGUAACUGGAACUCUUGAGGCAGUCUAGCUGGAUACCCUGCUUCAGCAUCUGUUGCCUCCUUCUUCGUCUCCUUGCCUUUGCCGGCGUGUGCACAAACUGGGCUGACUUGGCCAUCAUCUUCAUAUCGCUCCAUGCUCAUGCGCGGGUCUCUACAUACGCAUGGCUCACACCCACAGGGAACUCCGUCUCGUUGCUAGGUUCUACCCUUCAUCGCAUACCCCCUCCUCUACUUUGUGCCUUCAAGCCAUCUCUUCUGCGUCGCACCGCGAAUCUCGGCGCCAUGAGGUGGUACUCGUGGCUGAUCGGGAUAGCUCUGGUUGGAUUGCUGGUUACGCGCGUCGCCCUCCCGUGGGCAGUCCGCUUUUUCUCCAGCUUCCGCUUCACUGCGUCCGAAUUAUCGCCUUUGCGCGUCCGCGGCUUGGAGUGGCGCAUGAAAGGCCAGGCCAAGACGUCUCCCCCAACUCUUCGCAUUGAACUCAUCAAUUGGUCGCUCGGGGGCCCAGCCGCGCCAGGGAAACUCUCCCUUAACGUCCAAGGCAUCACGUACCGCAACCAUAAGAAGCGCUCCGUCAACAAUAGUGAUGCGCCGCAUUCGAAGAAAAACAAGUUGCAGGUACCCUCUUGGGCCAAACCCGUCGUAGACUAUCUCCUACAUCUUCUCCUCCAUCAGUGGAUUACCGUCGCUGGCUUCCUCUCUGUUCACAUCACCGACGUCCGGGUCAUCCUCGAGAAACUCGACGACCUCGAAAUUCGCAUCAGCGAUGGCCGACUUGCCUUUGGGCAAGACGUCUCCAUUCCCCCCGCUCAUCGACCACCUCUGCAGCCGGACGAGGACAAUCCGCGGGAAGGGUCUCCAGCUUCCGACGAGGCGUCUGGGACACCGAGGGCACGGCGUCAUGCGCCAUCGCCUUCCCUCUCACAGAUGUCCAAAGCCGUAUGGUCUCACGCUAUCGGCAAUGCCAUCGGCAGGAUGGCCUUUUCCCUCCGCGUGCAUGACGUUGCCGUCCUGCUCCCACGAUCGUCGUCAGUGACAGCCGAAAGGCCCUCUGAGGGACCACAUACGCCUUUCGCCUCUUUAAACUCGGUCCUAAGGAAUAGGAAGAGGAAGAGCAAAGUCGACAGCACCACCACUCGGCGAGUACCGCCAGGCUAUGAGCGCAUCGUAUGUCUGGACAGCCCUUCUCAUGUUUUGUUAUCACUGGGCAUCGGACCCGCUACUCAAGUCUUCGACAAGGACAAUCUGCGAGUCGAUGUGCGACUAGGCAAUGCCCAGCUUGGUGUCGGAGGGUUGGAGAAGGUCAUCGCCAUCAACAAGGCCCACCGAAAGCUGAAGAACUCUUCGAGCCAAGGGCCUUCACGCCUGUGGGCAGAAGGCUCAGCUGCCCGGCGCGUUGUUCGUGCGCUCGAGUACGUUACAGUGUCCUGUGAGAAAGGCUCUGCGUUUCAUGUCCUCCCGCUGCAGCAGCUUGACAUACCUUCCACUUCAUCCGCUGCAUCGGAAGCGAGCGAAACGAGCCCUCCCGGACACACAUUGGCACUGGAGGUCUCGUCACUGUCUAUGCGCCUCGGCGCUACUCACUCGGGCAUGGAUCCUCGCCUCGGGAAUAUCUUCGGUACCAGCCAGAAAAAGAGCUCGCGCGUCCACGGCAUUACUGCGUCGCUCUCGUGGUCGGCCGUCGGACUGCAGUGCAUGGGUCCUGGCGAGGCUGUCGGCGACCAAUCUCAGCUGUUCGCCAUCCGCAGGGCUGACUUUGAUGUCCUCACCACCUGGGCACCGGAAGGAUUCGAACGUCGCGAAGCUUUGUUCAGCGACGAUCCAGAGCUCUCCAUCGUUAUCGCUCGCGGUUGUGUGGCGUCGCUGGAUCUGGCUAGUGACCUGCAGCUCACAAGCGAGCUGGCUCGUUCAUGGAUUGACACUCAUCCCGUUGUCUCCAGGGCUGCGCUGCCACCGUCCGCUCCGCGGACGCACUGGCCCAAGCCACCCCGUGUCCGGCUCUUCGUCGACCUUGGACGCAUGUCCAUGAUGAUUGCAAACAGCGCGGCCGAGGACUCUGCUACCAUCAGCCUCACCUCCGAAGGCAUUUCGCUGGGUGUCACUGCUAACAUUGAUGAUCAUGGUGCGACGUCAUCACAAACUGAUGAGCCGGUGUCUCCUUCCUCCGGUGACGACGCCUCCAGCACGUCAACCCAGGCCUUGGACGAGGAGCGUCCCACAUUCGGGAUGGUCGGCGACGGCUUCGUCACCAUCGAGCCCAUUAGUCUUCACAUCUCACUCGGCACGCAGAGCGAGAAUACGUACAAGCUCGCCAAGAUUGGCCGUGUUCAGACCAAGGUCAUUGGGCACAUUUCGGGCACAUUCCGCACAUUGGAAUGCGGUCUGGAUGACUAUCGACUUCUACCCAACACGCUUGUGACAGACGUCGAGGUACUCAUUGAUGAAGGCGUGAAAUUUCAGGUUUGGCAUCCAGAUGUGAUCAAGGCUAUUACCGAUUUGGCGAAGCUCAAGCCUGCCUCUUCCUUGCAGACUCACAAGCCACGCAGGGACUUGUUGGACGUCCUCCCCGGCGGCUUGUCCGUACGGCUCGCACUCGGGGCCGCAAGCAUCUUCAUCGGGCAUCAAGACGUUCACCCUCUCUCCACGUCCCUUCUCGCACGUGGUAUUUGGCUGCAGACUGCUGUCGUCAUCGACUACGCUCGCUUCCGGACGAUGAAGGCCAGUGGGAGCGCGCAGCACUUGAAAAAUCUGAAGAUGCGUGACCGACUGAAGCUGUUCAAGGACGUUACUGCCUCGGCAUUUGACCACACCCACAAGCUCAAGCACCGAGGCGCCCAAGCGGCGCUAUUCUCUCUCUUGCUUCGUGAAACGGCGAUGAAAACGGUCUUCAACGGCGAGAUUUUCGUCGAGAACGGCGGUACGGACCGUUGCAUGCCAGCUUCCCCGGCCCGCGCUCCUCUACCUGAGCCCGCCGACCCGGAAUUUGUUGCUUGGGGCUGGAGUGGGAGCCGUCGUCGCGAGAAGGCGCCGCGCGAGCUUCAUUUAAGCCAUGCUCCGAGGACGUAUCUAUCUCCAUCCCAUCUCCUUUAUGUCCCGCACCUCCACUUCACUGCUAAGGUACACCAACCUGUUCCGCACGAACCGUCGCAUAUCCAGGUGUAUGGUCGCGUGGAGUUGGUACACAUCGAGAACAACAUCUCCGACCUUUAUUGCGCUCUCCUUGCUGUUCAUACUGUUGCGACGAUUACGAAAGCGCUCAAACGUUCUGGACUGGCUCCUACCUCCGGACCAAGCACUGGUGGACCAGUAUCGUCGCCUGUCCUCAAAUCCAGGAUUCCUAUCACUAUUGGAUUAGCCAUUCACAAGGUGUGGGUCCACUUCCACUUCCCUUUACAGGAGCAAGCCUUCCUUGCCCUCGAAAAUGUAGGUGUAGAGCGUGAUUUGGAGAGGCGAACGAUCGCCAAAUCCGACUACGUCGUGCUUUACAUUCCCAGCGAUACACAGCCAGGCAUGUGGGAUGAGCUGGGUCGCAUCAAGCGCCUCACGAUGGCGAUAGAUGUCUCACAUGCGGUGAAGCUUAACGCAAUUGCGUUCCGCAUCCGCAUCCCUUACGCUUUCAUUUUCUCACAACUCAUUUUCAACAUCAAUAUGACGAUCAAGACGGUCAAACUCCUACUCAGCAACCUGCGAUCUCACACCUUUUCGCUGUACAAGAAACCCGUUUCGGAGUCUCCAAAGAAGUUGCCCCACAUCAAUAUCCAGGUCGACCUGGUUCACUUUGAAGCGCGAGACCAUCCUGUGGAGAACAAGCUCAACCUUGCCAAUCGCGUGGGCCUCCAUGAACAGAAGACUCGCCUUGACCUGGACGAGCUUUUCGAGCAGAAAUUGGCGAUAAUGGCGGAGGACGAGGAUUCCUUUACCCCCACCAAUCUCUCAAGGUCUCAGUCUGUCACGGAUGAGGAGGCCCGCUACCGCCUCGACUGGCACAACUCGCGCAACUGGGUCCGCCGGAUAAGGCGAGCAAAGGCUGAACAGAGGCGCCGCGAAGAGUCAACGCAAAGGAGAUUGCUCAUCUCGCCAAGCAAGCUGCCAAUCCCAGUCCUGCCGCUCGAGCAAACGGUACCUCUCUUCCGCUUCGCCUUCGUUGGCGUCAAUGUCACUUUGGCCGCGCCCGACAAGUCGCGUGCCCAGUUGAUCAAGUACAUGGGUGAUGUGUCCGCGCCAUUCAAGGACGAUGUUGAAUUCUCCCUCAUGGUCCCGUUCGACCUGUCGUGGACUAUGAUGGAAGCCAAGGUUCAGCUCCGCGACUACCCACUCCCUCUACUGCGAAUUCUACCCGGGCCGAACAAGACCCCAGGGUGGGAUGUUACUACGCUUUUCAUCAUUGCCGAGGAGUUGUCGGACGACGACUCGACCAUGUUCUUUCCCAUAGAGGUCGUACCUGGUCAAUGUGGCCAUGAAGCGGCCGAUCCUCUCACUGUCAACAUCGGCAAAGCCAUCAUGCCGACUAAGACAUACGCAAGGCCAAUGAUCAAGGUCCGUUCUCACGAGGCAACGAGAAUCACUUGGUGCAACUCGUACAAGCCCGGUAUGUCGGACCUCACCCGCAUAUUUGAGACCCUCAGUAACCCUCCUCUGGAUCCGUCUUCGAAGCCUGGGUUCUGGGACAAGCUUCGCCUGGCCUUUCACUGGCGCGUAAUCAUCGACUUUGCCGGCACGGUGCGCUGGUACAUCAAGGGGAGUCAGAACCCUUACUCAAUUACCGGGUUUGGAGCAGGAUUCGCUCUCGUCUGGCGUCGAAACGUUUGCAUCGAGAUCGGCCAGCCCAACGCUGAGAAUGAGCUCGUCCAGGUAAUGGCUGACGAGUUAUUGGUUAGCAUACCAGAUCUCAACGAGCUUCAAGACCAAGCCGCACUUGGCGUUUCGGACGAUCAGCCGGAGAUGGACGAGGACGAGGCCGACAGAAGGCUCAUAGAGAGACGCAGUACGAAGCCAUGCGCAAGAUUCCUCAACGGCGUGCGCUUCGGUUUAGGCUUCGUAUUCGAGAGGACGUGUCGCCCUUGGUCGUGCGACAAAUGUGGCAACACCCUCAAUUUGCUACAUCGCCAAUGUCGUAUCUUUGACUUCAGACCCCACAACACAGUCGUUCUCAAACACCCAAAGGUUGCGGAGCGGCUUAGGGAGGAGUGCGGUCAUGAGGUCGAUUCGUACGAGGGCUUCCGGUCGGACUACAUCCACUUCUCUGUCUCCCUUGUGGCUCCACGGGAGGCUGGCGGUGUCGAGCCGACCACCAAGGACUCUGCGGCUGCAACGCACAGCAGUAUUCACAUGAACCCGAAGGCCUUUGCUCACUUCUUCAACUGGUGGAGCCUGUUCCGAAGCAAAAUCCCGUCUCCUAUCCGUCAGGGUAGAGCGUUCCCCGACACCCCACCGUCUUCAAGCAAGUUCGGCGCGUCCCUGGCGACGAUAAAGUACAGAUGCGACAUCGCACCCAUUUACGUGUCGCACAUGUACAGCGUCUCAUCGGAGGAGAUGUGGUCAAAGGGUCUCGCGCAGAGCCUAGGCCUCAAGCUCCGGUCAGGUCGAUUCCGCCUUGAUGGCCAUCAGCGCCAGCAAGAACAGCGCCAGUACAGCGAAGCGCUGAAAGGAGUCAAGAUCGUAACGCAUAAACCCUUUUACGCCUGUGAUCUCCUCUUGGACGAUAUCACCUUCAAAGGUAUGGUGGCCGAUUUCAACGAGGCGCACAUCUCCAGUGAUAACCCCGCGUUGGACCGCACCUUCCCUCACGCUUCGGAUCUCUCAGACGACGGCAAGGUAUGGUACAACUACUUCGAUUUCAUCGACGCCGAUCAGAAGCCGUUCGACCGCAAUCCUCGGAUGCAGAUCGUGCACAUGGGCGACUGUCCCCAUGUUUUCCUCUCUCGUCGUGUCAAGGUGUUGCCAACAAAGCCAAACGAUGAGGGCCUCAACUUGCCGCCCGGGAAAGAGGCGUCCAAGUUCGGUCACGAGAAAACUCACAUCUGCUAUCUGGGCGCCGCUCUUGACGUUGGUCCGAUGCAGUCGCAGAUCGCUCAGGAGCGAGUAGUAUGUCUGUUGGAGACUCUCGACAGCCCAACAGAAGAGGAGAAGGGCAAGGAUCCCCAGCGCGUCGCUGCUCUUCACCACCGGAUUGAUAUACUGAAGCACCACAUCGAUGAGCUGGCGCACACUGAGACACGUCACAUGGACAAUUCGACACUGGGCCUUCCGGAUGCAGCCAAUGAUGGCAAGGAUGACGGCAAGGGCGAGACCAUCUUCGACAACACUGUUCACAUUCACAACCCCCGUCUGUUCUUCAACAACGAGAGCCGCAACGUGUUCUAUAAAUACCUUUACGCCAGAACAAAUCGCAAGCGUGAGGAGUACACCAGCUCGUAUGCCGCUUUGAGAGCUAUCCGUGAUGGCGUGAACCAGCGGCGGCUGCGGGCAGCCAACGGUUUGAAUCGGGACGAUGUGCUUGACCAACUCCCUGCAGACGAAGUCGCCGAGCUGCUCCGCACGAUGGAAAAAUGGGCAGAUGGCGGCCUACCGGCUCGCUUCAAGAUCGACGAUGACUUCCUGGCACAUCAGGGCACCUUGGAGUUGCCCGAGCGAGGUCUUCCCGCCGACUGCGCAGUCCAUCCCAAGUGGCGUGUUUUGGUGCUCAAACCGCAGAUUGCGCUUCGAUCCACUGCUGACCCGGCCGCUGUCGUCCUGGUCACCUUGGAGGAGAUGGCCAUGAAAGGCUACGUCAUCAUUGACUCCAAAGCCGCCGAUUCAGUGGUGAGCGAGGUUCUCUCGCGCUCAUUUGCUGCCUGCAAGGGCCUCCAGGUGUUUUAUCCAACAGCUGAGACCAUGGAGAGGUCCAUCAAGGGAGCGCCAAAUUACAGGGAGAUGGACUUCGUUCCCCUGGAGAUCUUCCUCGACGCCAAGAGCGAGGCGACGGACUACGACCGCAUCAUCCUCAGAUCGGACAUGGCCAUCACCUGGGACGAGUUCAAUCAUCUCCGCGCCCCCCGAGGCCUCGAGUGGCCGGAUGCGGUCAACGAAUUUGGUGACUCUAUUGAGCAUCUGCGUCUCCAUCAGAACAUGACGUCGGUCUGCAUGCCGACGCUCAUCGCUUCGGCCAAUCCUGAUCACUGGACAGCCCUCUACUACAUCAUCACCGAUCUGUUGAUGUACAAUCUCCCAGAGAAGCGGUCGAGAAAGCAGAAGGUCGACGGCUUCCUACUCAAGUUCGACCGCCGUGACCGAGAUCCGCAGCAGCUGUUGUGGAACCUUUUUGUCGUCCAACAGCAUAUGCGUGGCUUGGCGGAGCUGCAGCGUGGUUAUCAGGCCAAUCUUCAAAGGCUAACACCGGAGGGCAAGCGCGAACUGUUCAACAUUCGCGCCGACCUUCUUCAGGAGUAUGAGACGCUCAACACGGUUUUCGACGUCAUCAAUCUGAAUAGGUCUUACGAGGAGGCGCGAGACGCACUGCAGACUAAAAGCCGCAUCGACGUGCGCCUCGGGAAUAUCGCCUGGCACAUGAUCAAGGACGAUGGCAAUCCGCUGGUCAAGCUCAAUAUGAAGCACGCUGUGUUCGCGAUGGAUCACAACCAAGAUGGUUCUAUGGAUAUGGCGACAGCCGUCGCUGACCUCGAGGCCCUCAAUAGCAAUACGGACGCUCUAUUCCACGAGGUGUUGACGAAGAGCUCAAAGGAACUGGGCAGAAAGAAGAUGCACUCUAGCUGCUUUGUUUCGGCCUCCUUCUCAACACUCCCCGAGGUUGGCGGAAUCAGCAUCAUCAAGGAGAUGGCGGCGUAUCUGCACCCAGUGCGGUUUCGCUUGGAGCAGAAAGUUGGAGUGGCCGUCAUGGACUACAUCUUCAACGACAAAACCAAACCGCGGAAGGGUGGUAGUGGCACUCAUCAUGACAAAGUCAAGCCUGAGAAGACAAAGUCAUCUGAGAAGGCAAAGCAGUCUGAGAAACCGAAGAAGUCGGAAAAGGGAAAGCAUCCCGCUCCCGUCGCCACUGCUCGUCGCUCCACAGACAGCCUGCCUCUGCCGCGAAAUCAGUCGCAAAUGACUGUGGCCUCGGCACACUCCGCUGCCAGUAUUGUCCCCCAAGCGGAUAUAACCAAGUCGGACAUGGACAUGGACGCUGAGGAAAUGCGCCGCCGCGCUUCUCAAAACCACACCUUCAUGAGCAUCAUGAUCGGAUCAACGUCUCUGGUCUUGGACUACAAGCGCGAUGAGACGAGAAAGAAACACGGUUUUGUCGUUCCAGAGGUGGCGGACUUCAAGCUCACCACACCCGAGCUCACUUACAAAGACGAGGUGUGGAGCGGCAAGGAUUGCCUCAAGGCCAUUAUGCGCGAUCUCAUCCGUUCAGCCUGGUCCCAGAAGGGCGACCUAGUGUCGCAAGUGAUGAAGAAGUCGUCGGUGUUCCGCUCCAAAAAACACCUUCGUCACAUUGCUGGGCUCAGCACUGAGGUUGACAGGUAUGGCCAGCCCAAGUCGCCAUUACGCUUCAGCGUCCAACCCUCUACCCCGCUGGACAUGGAUGAUUUCGAGCCAUUAAAUGAUGGAAGCUCGUACUCGGGCACGGCAACCACCGCUUCAAACAUGACAGCCUCGACCGAGGACACGAUAACCCCCCGCAACGUGCGAAAUAUGGCGGAAAGCACGAUCACUCCGCGCACCGGAUCGAGACGAGGGUCGCUCGGCACCCCGAAUGGAAAUGGCAGCGGCAACGGCAACGGCAACGCUGACGGGGGAGAUGCGGACGACGAGGGUGACGCAGCGCCAAAGAGCAGGCGUACAGGAUUGUUUGGGCGUUUACGCAAGCAAAGUAAAGGGGAGGAAGAGAGAGCGAUAGUGACACCCCAACCGCGCACGAGGCUCGGCUCUGUCAGUGAAGG